GCGACGUCCAUGUGCCUCAAACACAACAGCAGGAGAUAAACAAGAGACAGAUAUGAAAGAUAGGAACCUUCCUGACAAAAAAAGGUUAGAGGCGACAGUGAGAACCAGUGUGUGUGUGCGUGUGUGUGUGUGUGUGAGUGACACUAGUAUCAAAUGCAGAGGGAUGUUUGUGUGUGUGCAGUGACGCAUGAAGAACUGGGCUAAUGCAGUAGCAGAGAUUAGACGUCAUGGAUCAGGACAGACACACAUGUAGGAAGGAGGACGAGGAGGACGAGGAGGCAGCCAGAAACCAGCAGGACGGAGACGCCGCACUGGAGUAACACUACUACAGUACUACUCAGUACUACUGCAGUACUUUGUAGUUAUCUAUCAGAUCUGAAAUCAUCACGGUGUCUGAGUGAAACAGUUUCCUGGACUGGAAGACGACCGAUGGAUUCUAAGACUGUGUCUGAGAUGUGCUGGCGUUCCUCCUUCUGCUCCAAGUUCCGCCACGUCUUUGGAAAGUCGGCCUCUAAGGAGCACAGCUACGAUGGAGUACCGAUCACUCACAGUGUCCAUGACAACCACUACUGCGCAGCCAACCCCUGCUUCGUCGCCGUGGUGACCGAGUGCUCGGGGGGCGGCUCCUUCGUGAUCCUGCCCAUCCAUCACGUAUGUUACAGCAGUUAAUCCACCUUCAUCAUUCAUCAUUUAAAAG